GUUAAUUUUGCAGAAAACAAAAUGGCGUCCGGAAGCGGAAGUCAGUCUAAAACUGCGCAGAAAACAUGGGAGUUGACGAACAGUGUGAUGGAGGUAUCAGCUGGUGAUGAGAUCUACAAGUAUGACCGUGAGCAGCAGCAGUCCUUACUAGCAGCCAAACCCUGGGAGAAGGAUCCACAUUUCUUCAAGGAUAUUAAAAUAUCUGCUCUUGCACUUCUGAAGAUGGUAAUGCAUGCAAGAUCUGGUGGAAAUCUUGAGAUAAUGGGUUUACUGCUGGGUAAGGUGGACGCCAACGUGAUGGUUGUGAUGGAUAGCUUUGCUCUACCAGUGGAAGGAACAGAAACCAGGGUGAACGCACAGGCCCAGGGAUACGAGUACAUGACAGCGUACAUAGAAUCUGCCAAACAAGUUGGAAGACUGGAGAAUGCCAUUGGUUGGUACCAUUCACAUCCAGGAUACGGAUGUUGGUUGUCUGGUAUUGAUGUUUCUACUCAAAUGCUGAAUCAGAAUUUUCAGGAUCCCUUUGUUGCAAUAGUAGUUGAUCCAAUCCGAACUAUUUCAGCAGGGAAGGUCAACUUAGGGGCUUUCCGUACCUAUCCGAAGGGGUAUAAACCCCCUGAUGAGGAGACCAGUGAGUACCAAACUAUCCCUCUAAACAAGAUUGAGGAUUUUGGAGUUCACUGUAAACAGUAUUACAGUCUAGAUGUUUCGUACUUCAAGUCAAAUAUGGAUAAGGCACUACUUGACUCCUUGUGGAACCACUACUGGGUCAACACGCUCAGCUCCUCCUCCCUACUCACUAACUCAGAGUACACUACAGGACAGAUCUUUGACUUGGCGGACAAGCUGGAGACCUGGGAUAACCAGAUGGGCCGAGGAUACGUCAUGGGACACGAGGGUAGUGAGAAGAAGGCAGACGACAAACUGAGUAAAGCUACGACGGACGCCUGCAAGAUCACUGGGGAGGUGUUGAACGGGAUGCUCGGACAGAUCAUCAAGGACAGAUUAUUUAAUCAGGUGUCCUGUAAACAUGGAGGAGAGCCAUCCAAACAAUAGUCUGGUCCAAACUCUUCAAUCCUCUACACUCAUUCAGACAGAAAUAAUCCACCCUGCCACACACAUUCGCCAUCUGCCACGCCCACCAGCCCUAAUAUGAGAAAACAUUCUUAACUUCUUUGUCUGCGUCUUGUGCGUCAGAUUUCUGUUGUUAUAUUACCGCGGCACUCUCUCACAUGGUUACUUUCAGAAAA